AUGGUAGCAGCAUGUCAAGCUAUGUUUUUCUUGAUGUUUGUUAACUCACUGUGGAUACUACUGUUUUUUGUGAGCAGUUGGGUCCAAACUCAGUUACAGAACCACCCUGAUGAACUUUGGGAAGAUGGAGUUCAAGACUACUUAAACCAUUCUUCAACUAUCAAGGAUAAGUUUAGUGAUGUUGUGAAUUGGCUAAAAGCUAAUUCUUCCAAUGGAGAGAAUAAAUCUGCACUGGGAUCCCAAGCUGCUUCGAAGUCCCUAGAGUCAGAAACUAAGGAGAAUGAUGGUAGAUUAUCUUUUCUCAAACCUGCUGUUCCUGUGGCUAAUUCAUCUCCAGGUUUUGGGGCUGUGGCUAAUUCAUCUCCAAGUUUCGGUAGUCUGGCUAAUUCAUCUUCAAGUUUUGGUGCAUCAUGGAGCUCAGGAGGUCUCUUUAACAACAAGUCUCCCUUUUCAUUUGGACUUCAAUCUUCGGUACAAACCCAAAAUUCGGUACCUGUGAAAAAUGAUGCUGCAAACGAUGUCCAAGAUGCUGAAGAUGAAGUGGAGCAGCCAGGCAGCCCAUCUGUGAAGAAGACUGAAGAAAAGGGAGUCACUGUAGUCCAUGAAGUCAAAUGUAAACUUUAUGUGAAGUCAACUGAUCCAGCGGAUAAAGAUGAAUGGAAAGACAGGGGCACUGGUCAGCUUUCUCUUAAGUGUAAAGAAGGUGUUAGCAAAGGUACCCGGGAAUCCAAACCAACUAUUGUGAUACGAAAUGAUGUUGGAAAGAUUUUGCUUAAUGCAUUGUUAUAUCCAGGCAUUAAAACAAACAUGCAGAAGAACUCCAUUGUUGCAAUAUUUCAUACCUCGGGUGAUGGUGAUAAUGAUGAUGCUGUUGUCGCACGGACAUUCUUGAUAAGAACGAAAACCGGGGAGGAUAGAGAUAAAUUGGCAGCGGUCAUCCAGGAAUAUGCUCCUGCUGCCUGAGGACUAUACCUUGGCAGCAAUUCUUUUCUGUAUCAAUACCCACCUCCGGGCUGGACGGAUGCUUGGAAUGGAUCGCUUUACCUCUUCGACAGUUUCUUGGAAGACUCUUGACGGUGUAGCAGUUGAAUUAUAGCUUAGCUUAUUUUGCAGUACAAAUGAACUGAUCCUGCUGUUGUGAAUCCUGUCCCAUCGAGAGGCUUUUACACACUGUAAUGUAUAGAGGAAAGAAUUUGAGAUGCUAGUGCCCAACAGAAAGAAAAGAAAUGUACACAUUUCUAAUUAUUGUUGGAGAAGAGGACCAAUUUCAUUCAAUUUUUCCA